CAAAGUUUUUCACAACCUUUCUAUUACUCCAAACGAUCCCCUAUUGUCUGGAAUAUUGGAUAUCGAAAAUAUAAUCGUCAGGCAUACAUUAAUUAAAAAAGAGUUAGAAAGAGAGAAUUUAUGGAAAACAGUAGAUGAGCAAAUUCAACAUAUGCCAUUAAACAAAAGAUUAAUCGAAUUUAUUCUAGAUAUUCUAGAAGUACAGCAAAAUCCAUCUGUAAAUAUUCAAGAAUGCGAGAAUCAAUCAUUAUUUUCUAACACGAAGGAUUUGGUUAAUUGUGGAGGAUCCUCGAUAAAUGAAUCAACGUGGGAACACGAUGUGUUGAAUCCUAUAGUAAAAUACAUUACCUAUGAUUUGGAAGAAGAUAUUUUUAUUAGAUGGGACAAUGUAACAAGCAAAACGAGUCAACGACGAAAUGGGUCUAAAGGUCCAAUAAAGAAAAAUGAUAUAUUUGGUGUACAUAGAAACGAUGGUAUUUAUGAAUGGGAGGUUCUUAUAGGCGAAGUUUCUAACGGUCCUUUUAAUAACACGAUGCAAGCUCAAUCGCACGCAUCUGAUGACCACGUUAAGCUUGGAAAGUGCGCAAAAGAUACAUUGGAUGAUGCUCUAAAUUUUAUCAACUUAAAUUAUUCAACUGAAACUCGGAAUUUUGAGAUUUUUAAAGAAAUCAAUACCUUUUUAAUUCAUGCUCAUGGAACGAGUUUAGAACUUUACAUUUUGGAUCAAAAAUUUGAACCUUUUUUUCGGUUGAGAAGGCUAUCUAAUAUUUCGAUUCCUUAUAAAGAAG